AUGGACGCUUUGGAAAUCCUCCGUACCAUUGUCGCACUCAAUACGCGCGCACUCCUGGCGGAACGCUCUCGGGGAAGACUCGACCACGAGCUGGCCACCACCCGCGAGGCCCUGAAACAAACCACCGAUGACCUACAGGAGACUGUCCGCUUGGCUGACCUCCUCUAUCAAGUCAGCCAGAGAAUGGGAGCCGUGACGGACUAUCUGCUAAAAGAGCGCAGUAUCAAAGAUGGCAGCCAAGACCCUGAGUCGUUUGAAUUGAUGCUCAAUAAGGUGGUGAAGCAACUUGAAGCAGAGGAGUCAAAGAAUGGUGAGGGGAAAUCCGAUGAAGGCGCUGGUCCUCACGCCGAGGCCGCGGGGACUGCGGAGCUGGAUGAUUGA